AUGCAUUCCAGUAUGCUGGUGUUUGAGCAUGACCAAUGUCGGCUGCCGGCUCUCGACCCAGAUCGCACUCUUCGGAUUGGUCUCAAAUUCCUCCCCGGCAGCUGGCUUCUCCCACUGGCCGUCGCUGCCGCGGUGGCCGUCCUGGCGAUCGCCUCGCAGCUCUUCACCGCUGCACCAUCACUCCCCCCGGCCCCGCCUCCCUCGCCGCCACACACACCCUCGCAGUCAAUGCCGACCCCGCACCGCCCGUCGUCCGGCUCCCCCGUCCUGCCAUCGGCCCCGCUAACCUCCACUGCCCCCCCAACUGCCAGCGCCGCCGCCGCUGCCAUGAAGUACUCCACCCCCCUUGUCAUUGAGCCUCGUGGCGACCACAAGGCAACCAUCAUCCUUUCUCAUGGCCUUGGCGACUCUGGCCACGGCUGGAUCGACUUUGCUCGCAUCAUCAGCAACGAGAUCCCCGAAGCCAAGUGGAUUCUGCCCCACGCCCCCGACCGCCCGGUGUCCAUCAACGGCGGCAUGAGCAUGCCCGCCUGGUAUGAUAUCACCCAGCUUGGUCCUGGCCCCGAGGAUGAGGCCGGCUACAUUGAGUCUAAGCGCUAUAUCGAGCAGCUCGCCCGUGCGCAUGCUCCCAAUGGCGACCUCAAGCGCACCGUGCUGGCUGGCUUCAGCCAGGGUGGUGCCCUGUCGACGUACAUCGCCCUCACCUCCGAGAUCGAGUAUGGCGCCCUGGUGGUUCUCUCGGCGUACAUGCCCCUUUCCAGCCGCAUCACUGAGCCCUCGCCCGCCAACAAGAACAUCCCCCUCCUGAUGGGUCACGGCACCAGCGACAAUGUCAUUCCCUUCUCUCGGGCCAAGCAGUCCUUCGAUCGCCUGCAGGAGAUCGGCAUGAAGAACUCCACGUUCAAGGUCUACCCCGGCAUGGGUCACAGCAUGUGCAAUACCGAGAUGCUGGACGUCCGUGACUUCCUCCUCGAGCACAUCCGCUCCAAGUAG